CCAUUUUGUUGCGCUCUCAAACGUACGUGAGAGAAAAAUCAAACAGGGAAAAGGGGAUGAUCGUGAGAGAAAAAUCAAACAGGAAAAAGGGGAUGAUCGUCCCUUAAACAACAUUAAUUGCUCCUCAACCUAAUGCCAGCAUUUCUAGAACAGGUACCAUGGUUGGUUGUGCGCUUGCUACUUGAGUUCAGGCAGGAGUCGAGGUAAGUGACUGAGCGAGAGAGGAAGAGCGCCCCGGGGGAGGGGUUGGUUGUGCACUUUCUACUCUACAGGAGUCGAGGCAAGUGACUGAGCGUGUUUUGCAAAUUGGAUACUCCACGCCCGUGACCAUAAUUGCCUCUCUGCAUGGAGAGCAUGGUGGCCGUGGGAACUGGAAGCAAACAGAGGUUGGUAUUUGCACUCAAUGGGGAGAGAGUGGAGCUCUCUGGAGUCGAUCCCUCCACCACCCUCUUGGAGUUCCUUCGCCUUCAGACUCCGUACAAGGGAGCCAAGCUUGGCUGUGGCGAAGGUGGUUGUGGGGCUUGCGUAGUCCUUCUCUCCAAAUAUGAUGCUAAAAGCAAACAAGUAGAGGACCUUGCAAUUAGUUCAUGCUUGACCCUUCUGUGUAGCAUAGAUGGUUGUUCAGUUACUACUACUGAGGGUCUUGGGAAUUGCAGAGAUGGGUUUCAUUCAAUUCAUGGGCGAUUUGCAGGCUUCCAUGCUUCUCAGUGUGGUUAUUGUACACCAGGGAUGUGCAUGUCUCUUUUCUCUUCUCUUCUUAAUGCUGAUAAAAGUCAUGGACCAGCCCCAGAUCCUGGGUUUUCAAAGCUUACAGUAUCAGAAGCAGCAACUGCUGUUGUAGGCAAUCUAUGUCGUUGCACCGGCUACCGCCCCAUUAUUGAUGCCUGUAAGAGUUUUGCACAAGAUGUUGACAUGGAGGAUUUGGGUCUCAAUUCCUUUUGGAAAAAGGGGGAAGUUGCAGAUGUAAAGAAGCUACCUUUAUAUAUUCCUAAUAAAGUUUGUACUUUUCCAUAUUUUUUAAGAAAUGAAAACAAGCAGAUGAUAAGUAUUUCACCCAAUCAGCCUCUGAUGAGUACUAUUUUAUCUGAAAGCAAAGGCUCAAGAACAGGUCAAUGGUUUACACCUUUGUCUAUGGUUGAACUUCUGAAUGUAAUGGAAUAUGCAAAAGAAGGUCGGUUGGUUGCUGGAAAUACGAGUUCUGGAAUUUACAAAAGAAUGGACUAUUGUGACCAGUACAUUGACUUGACACAUGUCUCAGAGCUUUCAGAAAUUAAAAAGGAUGAAUACGGCAUUGAAUUUGGAGCUGCUGUUACAAUCUCCAAAGUUAUUGAUAAGUUACUCGAAGAAGAAAAGGUAUUAGGAAGUGAAAGAGGGUUGGUCUUCAGGAAAAUAGCUGGCCACCUAAGCAAGGUUGCAUCAAAAUAUGUACGGAACACUGCAAGCUUGGGAGGUAACCUCAUCAUGGCACAAAGGAAUGGAUUUGCUUCUGAUAUUGCUACCAUUCUCCUUGGUGCAGGUUCAUCUGUCAAACUACAAAUAAGCUCUGAACGUUUAACUCUGUCUCUUGAGGAAUUCUUGCAGAAGCCUCCAUGCAGUUGGAAUACCAUCCUCUUAAGUGUUUGUAUCCCAAGCUGUAACCCGAUAGAACAUAUAACCAAUGGUACCAUUAAUGGGAUAUAUCCACAAGAAUCUAAAUUGUUUUUUGAGACAUAUAGAGCAGCUCCUCGUCCCCAUGGGAAUGCAGUUGCAUAUCUCAAUGCUGCAUUUCUUCUAGUAGCUUCAAAUGAUAAAUUAUCGGGGAAUGUUGUUGUGGAACAUUUGCAGUUGGCCUUUGGUACAUGUGGUUCCAAACAUGCUGUCCGUGCAACGAAGCUCGAGCUGUUUUUGCUCGGAAAGCUUCUCACUCCAUCAGUACUACUUGAAUCAAUGCAUUUGCUUCGAGAAAUUCUGGCACCUGACAUAGGCAGAUCAUCCUUUACCUACCGUUUAAGCUUAGCUGCUGGCUUUCUUUUUGAUUUCCUGCACCCACUCAUUAAGAUUUUGGAUGGGCCUAUAAGGAGUAUGGGACAUAAUGUAGGUUGUGUUGAUAUAGAGUCUCGCCUUUCAUGCAUUGACUCUGAUGGAAACGUGCAUGAUUCAAGAAACAUCUGUCAGCAUGAACUCUCUAGUGAUUUGACUAAUGGGAUAACUUCUGGUAUCAACUCAGUACACAAUCAUGCCGAGAAACUUAGUGUUGUAUCUGGAAGACAAAUUAUGGAUGUUAAGAAGGACUAUUAUCCAAUUGGCCUACCUACUAAAAAGGUUGGGGCUGAAAUCCAAGCUUCUGGUGAGGCAUUAUUUGUUGAUGACCUUCCUUCCCCAAAGGACUGCCUACAUGGUGCAUUUAUUUGUAGCAGUAAACCUUUGGCACGUGUAAAGAAGAUUGAAUUGAGCACCUUUUCAGCAUCAAAAGGAUCUCUUGCACUUGUUUCGGUUAAAGAUAUUCCAAAAGGAGGACAAAAUAUUGGAUCUCAAUCAAUAUUUGGGAGUGAGGCACUGUUUGCUGAUGUCAUCACUGAGUUUGUGGGUCAACCACUUGCUGUUGUGGUUGCAGAUAGACAAAAGGAUGCAUGUAUAGCUGCUGAGAAUGCGAUGGUGUGUUAUGAUACUGAAAAUUUAGAACCUCCAAUUCUAUCAGUUGAAGAGGCCAUCUCACGAUCAAGCUUUUUUCAGCCUCCGGCCUUUUUUAGCCCCGAACACAUUGGGGAUUUCUCGAAAGGGAUGUCUGAGGCUGAUCACAAGAUUCAUUCUGCUGAAGUCGAGAUUGGGUCACAAUAUUAUUUCUACAUGGAGACACAGACAGCACUUGCUGUACCAGAUGAAGAUAACUGCAUGGUUGUUUACAGCUCAACGCAGGUUCCUGAAACCUGUCAAGUUGUAAUUGCCAAAUGCCUUGGUGUUCCUGAGCAUAAUGUGCGGGUAAUUUCAAGAAGAGUUGGAGGUGGAUUUGGUGGAAAAGCAUUUAGAUCUGUUCCUGUGGCAACAGCUUGUGCAUUGGCUGCACAUAGAUUACGCCGACCUGUUCGAAUGUAUCUUGACCGUAAGGCAGAUAUGAUGACAGUAAUGGGAAGACAUCCUAUGAAAGUGAAGUACUCUGUGGGAUUUAAAGAUGAUGGCGCAGUUACGGCAUUGCAUGUGGACGUACUAAUUGAUGCAGGCAUAUCAGCAGAUGUCAGUCCAGCUUUUCCACUAUUCAUUGUGGAAACGCUAAAGAAGUAUAACUGGCAAGCCCUUUCAUUUGAUAUUAAGGUCUGCAAGACCAAUCUCCUGACCAAGUCAGCAAUGCGUGGCCGAGGAAAUGUUCAAGGAUCAAUUAUUGCAGAAACUGUUAUCGAACAUGUUGCAUCGUUUCUGUGCAUGGAACCCUAUGACGUGCGAAAUAAAAAUUUGCACACAUUUGAAACCCUUAAGUUGUUCUACAGAAACAGUUGUGGAGAACCAGCUGAGUACACCUUACCUGUGGUUUUGGACAAGUUAAUCACAUCAUCUUGCUUUCAUAGUAGAGCUGAAACUGUAAGGCAGUUCAAUAGGUCUAACAGAUGGAGGAAGCGAGGCUUGUCUAUUGUGCCAACUGUGCAUGAGGUCACAGUGAGACCAACCCCUGGAAAAGUGAGCAUUCUUAAUGAUGGUUCAGUUGUUGUUGAAGUUGGAGGAAUUGAGUUAGGGCAAGGACUUUGGACAAAGGUGAAGCAAAUGGCUGCAUUUGCUCUUGGAAAGUUAUUGAAUGGCACAAGUAAAUAUCUUCUGGAAAGAGUACGUGUUGUCCAGGCAGAUACUUUAAGUCUUGCGCAGGGAGGUUACACUGCAGGGAGCACCACAUCUGAAUCAAGUUGUGAAGCAGUACGUUUAGCAUGCAAUAUUCUAGUAGAAAGGUUGACACCUGUUAUGGUAAAAUUGCAGGAGAGCAUGGAUAUUGUUUCGUGGGAUGCUUUGAUACUCCAGGCACAUUUGCAAUCUGUGAAUCUAUCUGCAAGCACAUACUGGGUUCCUAGUCCUGAUUCAUUUCAAUAUCUGAAUUUUGGUGCUGCAGCAAGUGAAGUAGAAGUUGAUCUUCUCACAGGAGCUACCACAAUUUUGCGUACGGACAUAACAUAUGACUGUGGGUUGAGUCUAAAUCCAGCGGUUGAUCUUGGACAGAUAGAGGGUGCGUUUGUCCAAGGAAUCGGUUUCUUCAUGCUAGAAAAGCAUGUCACAGACUAUGAUGGACUGGUACUAUCUGAUGGUACUUGGACAUACAAGAUUCCUACAGUUGACACAAUCCCGCGCCAAUUCAACGUCGAAAUAUUGGACAGUGGCCAUCACAAAAAUCGUGUUCUUUCCUCCAAAGCUUCCGGAGAACCACCUUUACUUCUCGCAGCUUCAGUGCACUGUGCUGCAAGGGAGGCUAUAAAGGCAGCAAGAAGUGAUCUACGUGCUUACAGUAAUUCAGAGGCACCUUCUCCAGUCUUUAGGAUGGAUACUCCUGCUACCAUGGACUAUAUCAAAGAACUCUGUGGGCUAGACAAUGUUGAGAGGUAUUUACGGAGUCUGAUCAGCCGCAGCUAAGGCCCAAGGGCAUUAUAGAUGCUUCCUUGGAUAUUCAGCCAUAUAAUCGCAAUUCAAUGUCCUACUUCUGCAAUACGUUCCUGAUGGGACUAAACAGGGUCUAAUUGCGCUUCUUGGAUCAGCAUGUGACCCUCAUGAAGAUCUACAAAGGUGUCCACGAAUUUAUUGAGAGUGACUCUCUGUGGGUCUGUUGUGCAUUAAUUCAUGGGUUGAUCGUCUUCCUGAUAUCUCUGUUCAUCAUAUUCCAUCCAUAAAUCGGAAGGCUCGUAUAGGUAGGCAGAAUGAAAACAGUAAAAUUGUUGAGGAUGGAACGGGUCCUUUUAAUGAUGAACAAGUAUCUAACUAACUGAUUCACAAAAGAUGGGAGGAAUCCCCACUUCGUAUCUUGUAUGGGUUUGUUACUGUACGCAGUAUUGGACCCACCCACAUGUGACAUGUGACAUGUUUUGCUGAAUAAACUCGAGUUUUAUGUGGUGCUUUGAUUUA